AUGGCCGACCCUAUCUCCCCGCCUUCUUCUCCCCCCUCGGAUUCUGUCACCCCUAGCACGACCAACGAGAAGAUUCACUCUCAUCCUCCCGUCACCCCCGAGAACAAACGUCUUUCGCAGGUUGGUGGUCUAUCCUUCGCUGAGAGAAGGAUGAGUCGUCGUCCCUCCACCGCACCCACUCCUAUUGUCGAGGGGGAUGGUCUUACCAGAGACGUCAUUCACUCUCUGCCCGGCGACACUCGCAACAACAAUAGAAAAUCCAAGACACAGGCCGAUAUGGCUAAACGUCGCAGCUCUUAUUAUGAGGAGGCUUUCCAGGGCGACAGGGAGUCUAAUAUGAUCAAGGACCGCGCCCACGCGGAGGCCAUUGUGAUGGCAGAGCUCCGCACCAACGUCAUUAUCAAUGACGAAUUCAGCUUUAUCACGGACUUUUCAUAUCAGCUGUCGGUUAGGUACCAGCGGCCGGUAACUUCGAUCGUGGUCAACCUGCAACAUGGUGCUUGCAUGCUCUUUGGAGGCACCUUUGAACCGGCCUACACGAUGUCGAUCCACGCACUACCACUCGAGGUUGGAGUGACCAAAAACAAGAGAAACACGGCUCUGCUCCAGAAGCAUCUCCACGAAGCUCUUGGUGUUGCGCCCGUUCGUGGAUUCGUCAAGUUUGUCGAAGUCCCGGCAGAAAACAUGGCGGUCAACAGCAAGACUACUGCGUCUCAUAUUGCGGAGAUGACCGGCGAGGAAGAAGAGACCAUUGCCGAACGUCGUGGUCGUAAUCGUAAGAGUAUCAGCGGCAAGUCCAUGUCAGCUCUGCGCCAUGGCUCCAUUGUUGGAGGCAGGAAGGGCUCUGUCUUUGAUUUUAGAAGGGAAUCUGUUGCACCUCGAAAAGAUUCAGUCAUGCCUCCUCCCACCGAGCUCACUCCUCCGCACAGCGCAACCGAUGCGCCCCCAAUUCCUCCCAUUCCUGAGGCUCACACAAACAACACCACGGCCGCGGUUCCUGAUGAAAAGGCCGAUGCUCCUAUCAAGGAAGUCGAGAAGGCUCCCACGAACACUCAAGCACCUGCCAAGAAGUCAAAGGUGACAAAGCGCAAGAGCAGCUUCGUUUCUUCACUGUUUUCUCGCUCUCCCAGGAACACGCCCGCUCCUAUGCCUACCGUAGCAUCGUGA